ACUUUGUAUUGCUCAUUUCCUUUCAGGCAAUCGUGUGUGUCUUUAAUGAAUGCCUCCCGCAGUGCCAAGACUUGCCACCUGCCCCGUGUUUUCCCGGCCUAGCUGGUCAAGAUGAUAGAUAGCUGGUGCCAGUGUCAGAGACAUAACAAAGGAACCCAGAUGUUAUGAGGAAGCACCUCUGCUAACAGAAGUAUCUGUCCUCUGACUCUCCAAUGUCUUCUGUCUGAUGAGUUUUAGUUUGCUCCUACUCUCACCUGAGACUAAUUUCCUCGAUACCAUUAUACCUGAAUGCCAAGCUCCAAAUGAUUAUAAGCACUCCCCACAGACUGAGCGUGGCAGGAGAUCUUCUGAUUGGGAGUUCAUACACUGCCAAUACUUCAGCUAUGGUCACCCAGAGCCACAUCACAGAGGCCACCACCUGGAUUCCAGGGGACAGGAAACGUGCUCGAGAAUUUAUAGAAUCUGACUUUUCGGAAAGUAAAAGAAGUAAAAGAGGAGAGAAGAGUGGAAAGGGCCUGAGGCAUUUCUCCAUGAAAGUGUGUGAGAAGGUUCAAACCAAAGGGACCACGUCUUAUAACGAAGUAGCAGAUGAGCUGGUGGCCGAGUUGGCUAACUCUGUGGGUCACUUGCCCACUGAUUCUGCCUAUGACCAAAAAAACAUCAGGAGGAGGGUAUAUGAUGCCCUGAAUGUACUGAUGGCAAUGAAUAUUAUUUCCAAAGAGAAGAAAGAAAUCAAGUGGAUCGGGUUACCCUCUAACUCAGUCCAGGAGUGUGAAACUUUGGAGAUAGAGAAACAAAGAAGAAUAGAACGCAUUAAAGAGAAGAGCGCCCAGCUGCAAGAGCUGCUCCUGCAGCAAAUUGCUUUUAAGCACCUUGUUCAGAGGAAUAAACAAAACGAGCAGCAAAGCCGUUGCCUCCCUGCUGGAAAUUCCACCAUUAAAUUACCCUUUAUCAUCGUAAACACCAGUAAAAGGACUGUUAUUGACUGCAGCAUAUCCAGUGACAAGUUUGAAUACCUUUUUAAUUUUGACAAUGCUUUUGAAAUCCAUGAUGACAUUGAAGUCUUGAAAAGAAUGGGAAUGUCAUUUGGGCUAGAGUCUGGAAAGUGCACAUCAGAGAACCUAAGGCUCGCCAAGUCCUUUGUACCCAGAGCCCUUGAAGGAUACGUCACAGAAAUGGCUACGGGAAGCUCAUGGGCAGAUCAGAGUUUUAAUUCCCAGACUAUUCCUUCUUCGGGGAAUACAGCUUGCACUACCACAAACGCCCAAGCAAGCUUAACCUCGGGCUUAUACUUUGACUCCGAGGUGUCCCUAACCACCAGUAGUCACCAUUCAAGCUCAGGAACGUCACACUACACAGAGUCACGAGGGCAGACCCCCUGUUGGUUUGAUGAAGAUGAAGAUGAAGAAGAUGACUCAUCCUCCAUGGAGUAGACAGAUAGGAUUACACAUGUGAGGGUCCUUAUGCCACUGCUGUUGGAACUUCCAUUCCAGCAGGGGGAAUAGAAUAAAGUGCUGUCCUGGGAUUUCUCAACACAUAAGAUUUAUAUAUAAUACUGAACAGAAACUCCGAACCCUUCAAUCAACAAGAUGUCGUCUCCUCAGAUUGGAUGUCCCCGUAUUAAUUGUGUUUUGUUUUUUUUAAUUUUUGUUUAAGAAAUUUUUCAGACUUGAUUCUUUUGGAUCAAAAAAAAAGUGACUGAAUUUUCUUUCCAUUAUAAAACUGAGCGGCCCGCCAAGGCCUGCAUCAGUAAAUACACAUAGUCCUGCCAGGGAGGAUCCACUGAAAGCUUUAGCCAUUGCCAGUAACUUAGGAAGAUGUCUUCCCAUCUGUGAUCAGUGACUGCUGCUAUUGUGUGAUUGCUGCAAUGAUUGGGGGAAAUCGGGAGAGAAGAACCCUGUUUGUAACCCUGAAUGUUACACGUGUUAAACACUGGAAGGUUUCUCUUGGAGAAAGAAGAUGGAUGUUAGGCAAUUCUGUCUUGGAGGGAGCAGUUUGUAUUCAACAGAGAUACCUUAUUUCAUUAGUCAUAGUAUGGGAAAUUUAGCCUUACAAGUCACUUGCUCUAGAGCCUCCUUGCUUCAAUGAGGGUAGAGCAGGUGUUUUGUGCUUGGCUGGAUGUUAAGCCCAUUUGUUGCCACUUGACUUCCUGAUGGUCCUUGAGUGCUUGGUUGCUACACAUGUAGCUACUCAGUGGCCUGCGGCUUUCUUGCCACCUUGUGCUGAAGUCACCUAAUGAGCUUGGCGAUGAGACUAUACACCCAAUGAGUCACAUUUUGGCUAAAUUUCCCUGUGUGAUAUGAGCAAAUCCAUGGGUCUUACAUUGAGUAAACUCCUGUUGUCGAAAUGUAAAGCUAUAUAUAUAGAUAUAUUUGUUUGUAUAAUAAAAAUUGUGGCUUGGCUGGAUGUUAAGCCCAUUUGUUGCCACUUGA